GCAGCAGACGGAGCGCACCUCGCGGCGGCGAGUGCUAGGCAGCUCCGGAGCCUCGCCUCGCGCUCUGCUCUCCCCGCCUCGCGGCGCCGCUCGCCCCGAACGCAGCCCCGGCCGGGUCAGGCGCGCCGCGGCCAUGAGCAUCCGAGGGAUGCUGCGGGCCGCCGUGUUCCUGCUGCUCAUCCGCACCUGGCUGGCGGAGGGCGAUGACCCUUCAGUGCCCCCCACGGUGGCCCCCACGGUGCCCCCCACGCUGAACCUCGACCUGGUGUCCUCCGUGCCCAAGCUCGUCCUCAACCUCUUCGACUGCAAAAACUGUGCCAACGAGACAGUGGUCCACAACAUUUUGGAGAGGGUGCUGUCGAACUAUGACGACCGUCUCAGACCAAAUUUUGGAGGUGGCCCCGUGCCUGUAGGAAUAUCUAUGUAUGUCUCCAGAAUUGAAAAGGUCUCAGAAAAAAAUAUGGACUACACCAUCUCGAUGUUUUUCCAUCAGACCUGGAAAGACCCGCGUUUAGCAUACCAUGAGACCAACCAGAACCUGACCCUGGACUAUCGCCUCCUGGAGAAGCUGUGGGUCCCUGACUGCUAUUUUCUAAAUAGCAAGGAGGCCUUUGUGCAUGACAUGACCGUGCAGAACCGCGUGUUCCAGUUGCACCCCGACGGGACGGUGCACUAUGGCAUCCGACUCACCACCACAGCGGCCUGUGUCAUGAAUUUGGAGAAGUUCCCUCUGGACAAGCAGACCUGCAACUUGGAGGUGGAGAGCUAUGGCUACACAGUGGAUGACAUCGAAUUGUACUGGGAGGGCAAUGAGAAUGCUGUCCAGGGCACCGAGAAGCUGGAUAUCCCUCAAUUCAGCUUCCUGGGCAAGAAUGUGCUGAGCAAGGAGGUGUUUCUCUACACAGGUUCCUAUGUGCGGCUGAUCGUGCGCUUCCUGAUCCAGAGAGAGGUCACCAGCUACCUGUUCCAGAUCUACUGGCCCAUGAUCCUUGUCACCAUUGCCUCUUGGAUAUCGUUCUGGAUGAACUAUGAGUCCUCCGCAGCCAGGGUGACAGUCGGUCUGAGCUCCAUGCUGGUCCUGAAUACCAUAAACUCUCAUCUGAGGGAGAAACUCCCCAAUGUUUCCUGUGUCAAGGCCAUUGACGUCUACAUGAUGGUCUGCUUCCUCUUCAUCUUCCUGUCCCUGGUAGAAUAUGUCUACAUCAACUUCUUUUUCUAUGCCCGGAGAGGCAGGCGCCUUGGCCGUCAUGCCAGGCGCCGCCAACGCCUCAUGCGCCUGCGCCAGCGCCUCCGCAGGCAGGCCCAGCGCCUCAUGGCCGGCUACCAGUAUGAGGAAGUGCUGAUGCAGCUCCUUGCUCGCUGGUGGCACCGGGAAGCGAUGACAGAGGAAGAGGCCUAUGAUGGUCAGCCGCCCAUUGAGCAGGAGGAGGAACGCCCCUGCCCUCCGCCCUCCCCGGCUGUGCUUGUCCAUGCAAGACCCGACUCUGGCGGCUUCCUGCCUCUGCCGGAUGUCUGCUCAGUGGGGGACCACAUCCACUUCGAGGAUGAAGUCACCCCGGCGCCCCCUGAGCCUGUGCAGGCCAGCCUGGCCAGCCCGGAGCACUGCAGCUCGCUGUCCUCCUUCAGCCUGCGGGCCCCGCUGGCCCAGGCCGAGAGCUUCAGCUCGCUGUCCUCUCUGUCCAGUGAUGAAACCCUGAGUGACCUGCCCUGUACCUCUGAGCAGGACCUGCAGGACUCAGGCUCCAGUGGGGAGGGCUCUGAUGGGGAGGGUUCCUAUGGGGAAAGCUCUGAGGGGGAGGGCUCCUAUGGGGAAGGCUCUGAGGACAGGGAGGGCUCCGAUGAAGGGGAGGGCUCCGAUGAUGGGGAGGGCUCUGAGGACAGGGAGGGCUCCGAUGAAGGGGAGGGUUCCGACGACAGGGAGGGCUCUGAAGAGGAUGCUCUAGAGGUGGAAGAUGAGAUCGCUCCCAUUGAUAGCUGUGACAGUAGCGACUAUGAAGACUUCGAGUGCUUUGAAGGCCAUGAAGACCGAGAAGACAACGAAGGCCUCGAAGGUCCCAGCUACCCUGAUGCCAACUCCACUUCCGAUGAGUCUGAGGGCUCCGACGUGCGAAUGGUUCUCCUCAGCCGCAGGCGAGUGCGGGGUGGCAACACCACCAACGAGGAAGUGUUUGAGCUGUGUGAGAGCCUGGAGCGAAUCCACAGGCUGCCCGAGGAUGUCCGCAUGGAGAGCGGCUACCUUGGCCUGCGAGAGGAGUGCCGCCGGGCUGUGGCAGCGGCUGCCCAUCGCAACGAGGAUAUUGACGGUGCUGAUGCUGAUGAUGAGGAUGAAGACGACGAAGAUGAUGGCCAGGAUGAGCAGGAGUCCGCGGACAGCGAGCAUUGUGACCACGACAGCUCUUCCGAUUCCGAAGAUAGCAGCCCCCCCAGCCCCAAGUGCUCCUUUAAGGAAGGCUUCUCCUCCAAGCUCUUCCGCCCCGUCUACAUCCCCUUGCUCGACAGGUGCUCCCGGGUCCUCUUCCCGCUGGCCUUCCUGGUGUUCAACAUCAUCUACUGGGUGUACCAUGUCUACUAGUCCCACAGCGUCUCCCCUUGGGGCUCUGCUUCCCAUUUAGCUUUCUUGAACUCUGCUGGUCUGGGCAGUCCAGUGAGUCCUGUGAGAGACCUGUCCCCCUGGAGUGCUGAGCAGGCUCGGAGGAGCGAGGCUGGAGGGCUGAGGACCCAAGUUCUGUGCCCUAACUUUUCGUGGAGGGGGCUCCUUUUUUAACAGAAUUCUCUCUCUAUCUCUCUCCGUCUCUCUCUCCUCCUUUUCCCUCCCAGGGACUCUGCUUCGUGCCCACCCCCACCUAGGCACCUGUGAGUUGAGCGAGGUGCCACAGGGAAGAGCUGGCCAUGCUUGCAGAUGCAGGCCACUGGCUCUCCAGAGCUUGGAGAACUUUGAUAGUGCCUUUCUGCCAGCACUCUGUUGGGCUCUGUGUGCAGUGUUUCAGGACAUGGGUGGCUGGUAGGGGUCUAGAGUGAGACGUUAGGAGAGGCAAGGGAGCACUUUUCCAAGGAGUCUACGGGGAGGGUGACAGACAUCACAGCGAAAACUACCCAGAUAGAGUUGCCAUCCUUGAAAGGAUUCCAUCUUCUCUUGUCUUCACAUUUCUGCUUCUGAAUUCUAACCACGGGGACUCAGUGUGUCUUCUAGCUCUGGCGCUGGGUUGGUUGCUAGAUGC